AUGCUUUCUUUAUACGUUUCUUUCUUUCUUUCCAUUUAUUUUCUUGUACUUCUUUCUUUCUACCUUCCUUUUUUCUUUUUUACUUUCAUUUUUCUUUCUUUCUUUCUUUCUUUCUUUCUUUCUCCGCCUAGUUGUUCUUUCUUUCUUUCUUUCUUUCUUUCUUUCUUUCUUUCGUUCAAGCAUUUCCCUUUCAUUUUCCCUUUCCCUUACGUUUUUCUUUCUAUCUUUCUUUCCUUGUAUUUUCUUUUUUUACAUCAUUGUUUCAUUUUCCCCUGUUCUUUCUUUCUUUCUUUCUUUCUUUCUUUCUUUCUUUCUUUCUUUCUUUCUUUCUUUCGUCCUUCUUUCUUUUCUUUCUGUCUUUAUUCUCUUGUUCAUUUUUGUUUCUUUCCCCCUUUCUUCCUCUCACUGUUUUUCUUUUGCCUUUCUUUCUCUCUUUCAUCCUUUGUUUGUUUGUUUGUUUAUCCUUUCUUUCUUUCAUUCUUUCUUUCUUUCUUUUUAGUUAAUUCCUUUCCUUUUCUUUCUCUUUCAUUGUUCUUUGUUUAUUUUUUAAAUCGUCGUACUUUUUUGUUUCUUUCUUUUAAUUUUCCUUCUUUCUUUCAUGUUUAUCGUUUCCUCGCUUUUCUUUCUUUCUUUCUUUCUUUCUUUCUUUCUUUCUUUUCAUUGUGCUUCCUUUCUUUUAAGUUUAUCCCUUUCCCCUUCUUACUUUCUUUCUUUCUUUCUUUCUUUCUUUCUUUCUUUCUUUUAUUGAGCUAA